CUCCGCGAUCAUGACGGUGACAUCCGGACCAACACAAGCUACUUGCUUCAGGUUAGUGAUGUGACCGUAUGUGAACUGGUCGGCCGCUAACUCCAGCAGAUAUAUGGAGGGUAUUUUCUCGUUGUCCUCCACUUUUUGCUGUUUUGCCUGGAUUGCAUGGUUUGGACCCGGGCUAAGAUCAACUAUGUCUUUGUGUUCGAGUACGAUACAAGGCAUGCGUUGGACUGGCGCCAGCUGACUGAGGUAAGGAUCUUGAAUCUCAAUGUCGAUCCUGUCUGACGUCGGUAGCUGCCAUCUUUUUUUCUUUUUCUAUUAGGACUCUUCAUGUGGCUCAAUUUUAUGACGAUCAACGCCAUGUAUAUCUACUGGCCUGUUGUCCUUGUGGGGCUGACAGUGGUUAUUCUCUUCUUGCCUGUGAGGAUCUUAUAUCACCGCAGCCGCAAAUGGUGGGCCUAUUCCAACUGGCGUCUGUUACUCGCAGGCUUCUAUCCUGUCGAGUUUCGCGAUUUCUUCCUCGGAGAUAUGUAUUGCUCCCAGACGUACGCUAUGGGCAACAUCGAAUUAUUCUUUUGCCUCUAUGCACACCAUUGGAAUAAUCCGCCCCAGUGCAAUUCUUCGCACUCGCGGCUGCUGGGGUUCUUUUCCUGCCUACCCGGUGUCUGGAGAGCUCUGCAGUGUCUGCGACGUUACGCCGACACUAGAAACGUCUUCCCGCACCUGCUCAACUUCGGAAAGUAUAUGUUCACCGUUCUUUACUAUGUCACUCUGAGCAUGUACCGCAUCGACAAAGUGGAACGCUUCCAGGCCCCGUUCAUCACCUUUGCGCUGCUCAAUGCCGUGUAUUGCUCGGUGUGGGAUCUAGCCAUGGACUGGAGUUUAGGGAAUGUCUAUGCCAAGCGCCCGUUGCUGCGGGAGGUGCUGGCAUUUCGCCAAGCAUGGGUAUACUACGUCGCGAUGGUCAUCGACAUUGUGGUCCGGUUUAACUGGAUCUUUUAUGCCAUUUUCACCAAGGAUAUACAGCACUCGGCAGUGCUCAGCUUCUUCGUUGCGCUGUCUGAAGUCUGUCGAAGAGGGGUCUGGACGAUCUUUCGUGUCGAGAAUGAGCACUGCACGAACGUCCUGUUGUUCCGGGCGUCAAGGGAUGUGCCCCUGCCCUACCAGGUGGCUGCACCGCAUCCACCCGGGGACCAGCAAGCGGAUGGCAUGCCGCUGCAAGAUCAGCAGCCGCAGCCGGUUCCUACGCUCGGCGAUGUGGAACAUGGGACCCCGUCGACGCCCGGCAUGUCUGUCCGCACUCGCGGUCUCUCUCGUGUCGGGUCCAUGUUGGCUUCGGCGCAUGCACAAGACUUUCAGCGUAAGAAGCGGCCGGACCCGGAUCAGGGACCCCGCACCGUCGAUGGCUCGAUGGAUACUCCGGAUGACUCGACGGACGAUGAGGACAAUGACGCGAGAGUGUUCAUGGAUGAGGAUGAUGUGAUCGUGGAGGAACUUCCCUACCACGAGCGGGAUUAGAGGAGGGUCAGUGGCUGGCUUGCAUGAUGGCUUUUUAUAUGGCAUAUAUUAUGAUAGAUAUGAUACAUACUAAAAUAAUAGAGGCAUGAUGCUAUCAAAUG